UUAAUUAAACAAAAACAAAUAUAAUAAUAAAUAUGAGUAAUAUAUUAACAGAAAACGAUAAAACAAACUUAAAUUUAAUUACUACGGAUUCUAAUUCAUCCCCAAUAUGUCGUGCUUGUUUAGCUGACAAAAACCUACAAAGUUUAUUCAUCGAACAAAAACAAUUAUCAGAAAAUGAGAAUUUAAUUCUAAAAAUGUUUGUUUCUUGUACAGCCCUCGAAGUGUCCCCAGAGGACGAGUACCCCAAAUACAUCUGUGAUUUGUGUCUUCGAGACUUGUACAAGGCCUACGAGUUUUGGACGAAGUGUCGAAACUCUUUACAAAAAUUGGAUAAACUCAAAGAUAAAAUACAAAGUGUUUAUAUUAAAAACGAAAAUGAUGACUUGGAUGUCAAAUCAGAAUGUUUUGAUACUGAUAACUUUGAAACAGAAGUCGAAAUCAAGCCUAGAAAACGCUCCAGAGUAAAAAAGACUAAGAAGAGUAAAGUGAAAGCAAUAGAUCCUGUAAGUUUUUUAAAACAAGAAGCUACUUUGAAGACAACGAGAUAA